CACUCUUUCAUGCCAGGUUUUAAAGCUGCUCAGAGUUUCACAAGUAGGAACUGCAGCAUCUCUGACAGCCCCACCUCACACUCCCAGGUUCUAAGACAUCAAAAGAAGCAAACAUGGCCGACGAAUGGCAGGACCCCUACGACUUUGCUGUUGAAGUGGCCAAAAUAGCUGGGAAGAUAAUCAGGAGGGCUGCGGAAGAGGAAAUAAAGGUCAACACAAAGAGCUGCACUGUCGACCUGGUUACAGCAACUGAUGUGAGGGUGGAAAAAAUCAUCAUCGGGGCUAUCAAAGAGAAGUUUGGAGAAGACACACACUGCUUCAUUGGGGAGGAAUCUGCCGCAGCUAAGGGUCCGUCAGUGUUAACAGACAAGCCUACAUGGAUCAUAGACCCUGUGGAUGGAACCACAAACUUCGUCCAUGGAUUCCCCUUUGUGGCUGUGUCUAUUGCCUUCGCCGUCAAUAAAGAGCUGGAGUUUGGUGUGGUGUACAGCUGCUUUGAAGACAAGCUGUAUAAAGCGAGGAAGGGGAAGGGAGCGUACUGUGACGAUGAAAAAAUUGAGGUGUCAGAUAUAAAAGAUAUUCACAAGUCUGUUGUCAUAUCGGAGUUCGGAACAAACCGGAACGUUGAUGUGGUGACGGAGAUCUGCGCCACCAUGAAGAGGAUCCUGUUGAUUCCAGUCCAUGGCAUCCGUGGGACUGGAACAGCUGCUACCAACAUGUGUAUGGUGGCGUGCGGCGCCGUGGAGGCUUUCUUCGAGAUUGGAAUCCACUGCUGGGACGUCGCUGCUGGAGCUGUGAUCGUUCAAGAAGCCGGUGGCGUCUUACUGGAUGUGGACGGGGGCCCGUUUGACCUGAUGUCCCGGAGGAUGAUGUCAGCCAACAAUAGAACUAUUGCUGAUCGGGUCAUCAAGGAAAUUAAAAUAUUCCCAGCAGAGAGGGACGACGGCAAGUAAGAACCACACUGGA